GUGGAGCUAGAGUGGCCGCAUGCGUGGCGCGGGGCGCGGGGCUCGCCCGGAAAUCUUCCUGAGCCGAGGCGGAAACGGAGAAGAGUUGUCGCGUGAAGGAGCUGCUUGUGGAGGUUGCUGUCGCUUGCCCCCAGGCCUCCCUCAUGGCGGUCCGAGCGUCCUUCGAGAACAACUGUGAGAUCGGUUGCUUUGCCAAACUUACCAACACCUACUGCCUGGUGGCCAUCGGAGGAUCCGAGAACUUCUACAGUGUGUUCGAGGGCGAGCUCGCCGAUACCAUCCCCGUGGUGCACGCGUCCAUCGCCGGCUGCCGCAUCAUCGGGCGCAUGUGUGUGGGGAACAGGCAUGGGCUCCUGGUGCCGAACAACACUACAGAUCAGGAGCUGCAACACAUUCGCAACUGCCUCCCAGACUCAGUGCAGAUCCGUCGGGUAGAGGAGCGGCUCUCAGCUCUUGGCAAUGUUACUACCUGCAAUGACUAUGUGGCCUUGGUCCACCCAGACCUGGACAGGGAAACAGAAGAAAUCUUGGCUGAUGUGCUCAAGGUGGAAGUCUUCAGACAAACAGUAGCUGACCAGGUGCUAGUAGGAAGCUACUGUGUCUUCAGUAAUCAAGGAGGGCUGGUGCAUCCUAAGACUUCAAUUGAAGACCAGGAUGAACUGUCUUCUCUUCUUCAGGUCCCCCUUGUGGCAGGCACUGUGAACCGAGGCAGUGAGGUGAUAGCUGCCGGGAUGGUGGUGAACGAUUGGUGUGCCUUCUGUGGCCUGGACACAACCAGUACGGAGCUGUCGGUAGUGGAGAGUGUCUUCAAACUGAAUGAAGCCCAGCCUAGCACCAUUGCCACCAGCAUGCGGGAUUCCCUCAUUGACAGCCUUACCUGAGUCAUCUUUCCAUGCUGUUCCAUGGGCUUCUGCCUCUGGACUUUGGCUCCCUCUCACACCUCAACUAGUCUGUACUGGAUGCUGGCAGGUUGUGGCAGGGAGCUCACUGAGUGGAUGAGUACCCAGCUCCUUCACCUGUGCCAUCUCCUGAAUCUAUUUUACUCCAAAAACCUGCCAUGUCAUUGCUGAUUGUCAAUCCUGGUGGCUUCUGGAUGAGGGUUCUGCUGUCCUGUGCCACCCCAUUAAAGGGAGUUGCCUCUGG